AAUGUUGUGUUCACAACUUGUUGCUGCUACCCCGAAGUAGUUUAGUUGCUUACUACUUUACUACUACUUACUAUUAAGAUCUGAAUUUACUGAAACAAAUCAUGCCAGUUGUCCUUAAAAGCCUUAGCUUUUGUGAUUGAUCAAUUAAUUGGCCCUCAUGUUGGACAUACCCACUGCAAGCUCCUGAAAAACAAAAAUAUGAGGGAUGAAGGCUGUGCUAAAUACACUUCAGCUAAUAAAUAAGGUAAACAUGUAGUCAUAGCUUUGCAAACAUUCAUCAGAAGAGUAACUGUGCACACAUUUGUGAUUAGUCUAUUGAUCCACCAAUAGACUAAUCAAACAGCUGCCAGCCAUAUUUUGAACUGCUGCAGGUCCUGCAAAAGUUCCUGUGAAAACAAUUCUUGGUAUCAAUCAUUCUGCUCUAGUAAAAUGCCUCAAAACACAGUGAUUUUAUGCUCCAUUUUCUUUACCAAAAGCCUUUUGCAUGGCACACCCACUCCCUUCUCACAGAAACAAACACUGAGGAACCCAUCCUGCACCAUAAAAGUGUGAGAAGCGCCCUCAUAUCACAAACAAGUCUCCGCUUCCCAAAGCCCAACCCAUCCAGUCCUCGCAUCCACCAUCAACUCCAGCACAUUUAUGACUUUACUGCCUGACCCUCCAGUUCAUUUAGAAAGCUUUAAGGGGAUGGUCAUGCGUUUCCUGACACGCUAAAUUAUUCUGAAUCAUUUCACUUAAGGGCCCAGAUGCUACCUGUCUGUUGCCUUCCACCGAGAGGGCAAUUAAGGCAGCCUGGUGCCUGCUAAAUGCCCCCUACUUCUGCAUGAGUGGAUGCGUCUCCUUAUCUGCAUGAUGUCUCUGUCAUGAUUUCGUGUGCACCUCGCCCCCUUCGUGCCCACAUGCAUCAGCACCUUUGUGGCCACCACCCCCUUUUUUCCUUUUUUUUUUUGCUGUCACUUGUCUCAGAGAUGUUUGCUGUGUUUCAGAGGUGAGUGUGAACGUGACAGAGGGAGAAACCUGGCACUACAGUGGCUGUUUUACCGGCUUGGAAAAUGACACAAAUGGAUGAUUUGUCUUUUAAAAGAUUUAGUUUAGAAGUGGAAGGAGCCUGAGGACAACCCUGCAUGCAACCCUGCAUCAAACAAUCAUUUUUUUUUGCUUGUUUCAAUCAAGACUUUGUUGUCAUCUGGCGUUUGUUUGAAGAUUUGACCUUGUCAUGGUAAACUGGAGGCAGUGCUACCUUUUUGGUGGACUUGUUUUGUCUCUCUGUAGCGUCUGGGUCCAAAACUGAAAACAUGCAGUUGGCUUCCAAGGACUGGGUCGCUCUUUUUGUCUACACCUUCACCUUCCUGCUGGGCCUUCCAGCCAACCUGCUGGUCCUGUUUGUGUAUGCACGCAAGGCUUGCAAGCGUGGCGCCACACCCAAUGUGGUCUACGCCCUCAACCUGUGCGUUGCCAACCUGGCGCUUGUGGCCUGGCUACCAGUCAAGGCGAUGGAGACUUACCUUCGUGACUGGAGGCUUCCACCACCCAUCUGCCCCAUCUACAGCUUCUUCCUCUUCUCCUCGCUGUAUGGCAGCUGUCUGUUCCUCACUGCUGUGACAGUGGGGCGAUACCUCAGCAUCGCAUUCCCAAUUAUUUACAAGAGAUACCGCCGUGCUCGACUCUCUUGCUGCAUCAGUGCUGUCUUGUGGGCCUCGGUGCUCCUUCACCUCAGUUUUGGCCUGGUGGCUGAAGGAGGAGCUUACUUUGUCUUCACUGAGGGUGACUACUCAGCAUGCUAUGACCACUUCAACGCCUCCCAACUGGCUGUUCUGCUGCCUCUACGCCUGGAGAUGGCCAUCGUGUUGUUUCUUUUGCCUCUUAUUGUGACAUCUUUUUGCACGCUGCGCUGUGCUACCCUGGUUUGGCGCUCAAAUCUGCGCCCUAUAGGAAAGAGGAGAGUCCUGACUGUUGCACUCUCCACCCUUGCGGUGUUUGUGGUGUGCUACGCACCCUACAACGCCUCACACGUCGUGGGGUUUGUGUUGAGGGAAAACGUUGAGUGGAGGAUGUACGCUAUGCUGACGAGCUCCUGUAAUGUUUUCCUGGAGCCUGUGGUGAUGCUGAUGCUGUCGCCGGCUGUGUCGAAGGGAAUCAUGGGAAGAAUCUGUGGACGGCAAAGCCAAUUCAGCCGCAUUGAGGAGUUUCGCCAUCGACGUAAUAGCACUAACCAUGUUGCACAUGUCAAGGUGGCACAUACACUGUCUGAGAGGAGCCAGGCAGGGGCUGAGGUCAACAGAGUCAGUCAGGAUUGAGAUCACAGCGGGGCUGGAGACCUCAUGGACGUCAUCAUGACAAAUCCCAAAGGAGAAACAGGAUAAAAACAUUCAUGGAUAUUCUGAUAGAAGAUGUUUAUGCAAGCCUUCCAACAGCCCCUGAAAAUCUAGUGUCACCUCUGCAGCCAGGCUCAGAUCCAGAACAACUACCAGACGAACCAGCAAAAUGAUCCAGACAAUGGAAACAAUUCUUGUAUGAGCGUUUCACACAGUGGGACUGGUUGAUGGUGUUGCUAGCUUGUCAGUAAAAAGGAACUUAGCCGACCUGGAGAUCCAGGUUUUAAAUCCAAGGAAACUGCACAUGGUUGAAAUGGAAGGAGUUUUCCACAAGCGUUCAGUUAGUUGUGAACUUUUACAGCAGGCAGUUAGUUUGGUGGAAAAUGGCUCCAUCUGGUGUCAGUUACUACUCAAAGCUCAAAUGAGUUAAGUCCUCUUUGGGAAAGGCUUGUUUUUUUCCAAAAGGACUAAAUACAAAACAAGCUGACCUGUGAGCAGGCAUUUCUCUCUGCAGAUAUCUUGCAAUUAAUAAGUGGUCACAUGAAAAAUGUUUCUGCACGUGCGAUUUUUGCUCUGACGAGUCCAAACUAAGGCAUGUAAGUUAAUCAGCAGCUUGAUGUUUGAAUAUGAUUUUCUUUAUAAAUAUGAUUGUGCCUUAGUUGAUUGGUUUUUGAAUAUGUUAAUUCGUUUUCUGAAUUAAGUCUGCUUACAGGUAAAAUGUUCUAAAAUGUCCUUCAGAAUAAAGUAUGAUGUUCACAAGUGUGCUGUGUAGGCUGCUUUUAAUGAAUAUUUGUCUGGAAUCUUACAUGUAAUCAUAUAAAUCAUAUAUUGUAAGCAAAAUGGAGAGGACAGUGACACAAAAACAGUG